GUUGUAUUGAAACACGAUGAAGACUGUACUCUUUGCGUUCUUGUGCUCAGGAGUUUUCAUAGUCGGUGUGAAAGGACCAGCUCCACCUCCAGUAACAAAUGAAGAUAUACUUACGGCGGUCCUGGAUAAUAAAGCACAGCUCGACAACAUAGUAUCCACUCUUUUGCCGGGCAUAGUGACGAGUAUCGCAGGCGUUGAUGCCAAGGCUGACGCACUGCAAACUUCUGCAGACGCACUUCAAGCCACGGUCGAUGGCAUUUAUGUCAAGGCUGAUGUACUGCAGGCCUCUGCAGACGCAGUUCAAAUUACGGUCGAUGCCAUUGAUGUCAAGGCUGACGCACUGCAGACUUCUGCAGACACAAUUCAAGCCACGGUCGAAGCCACUGAUGCCAAGGCUGACGCACUGCAGACUUCUGCAGACACAAUUCAAGCCACGGUCGAAGCCACUGAUGCCAAGGCUGACGCACUGCAGACUUCUGCAGACGCAAUUCAAGCCACGGUCGAUGGCAUUGAUGUCAAGGCUGAUGUACUGCAGGCUUCUGCAGACGCAAUUCAAGCCACGGUCGAUGACAUUGGUGCCAAGACUGACACACUGCAGGCUUCUUCAGAUCGAAUUGAAGACAAGAUCGAUGGAAUAGACACUUCUAUAGACGCCAUUUAUCAGUGCACUGUAUCCAGUGGUUGUGUCAGUGAUGAUUCUAGUAGAUAAGAUGAAAGGCAAUUGUUGUACGUUUAAAAAGAUCACAUUAACAAAAUUUCGAAUAAAUACUUUGAAAAUUUAAGAGGAAGUAAUACUAUAGAUAUUUAAUUAAGGGAUGUCAGACUGAUUAACAACAAAGUACGCUUCACAAUAAAUCUAUAAGAAGAUCUUUUGGAAGCAUAGAACGCGACAAAGCAAACAUAAUAGCAGACUCGGUUUAAUUGAGUCUGUUCAUGAGAGGUAAUGAAAUGUGCAACAGCGCACACGCCCACUAGCACUGGCUUAAUUAGAACUCUCUAAUCCAUACACAUUGAAUCUACUACAUGAUCCCAAAGGACCAGAAAACAUAACAACACACAACACACAAGCACCACUUGAUAUUUUGCCAAUAUCAUUAAAAUGAUGGGACGUACAUUUUUGAAUUGAAAUAACAAGUAUAAUGUACAUAAAUCAUAAUUUUAUUUCAUUUUACGACGUAAUCCCGUUUUUUGAGUGUCCCCAGAAAACUCUAUUAUUAAAAUAUUUUGUUUUUAUCUUAAAAGGAAAGGAGGUGCAAAUAUUGUUAUUAGAUCUAACGCACGAAAAUGGUUCAUUCUGCAUGUUUGCAUGUAAAUGCGUCUUUCACCAAGGUUCUAAGACUUGCUCCGCUGUUAAGUUAGUCUUUUUUCACAGAGUGACAGAGACCCUUGCUUAUCUUAUACCUGUAUCAUUACUUCCCCUUAAAUACAUACACGAGUUCUUGCCCUGGUCACUUUCAUAAAAUUAGUCAUUUUAUUAAUAUGUGAAACAAUGAAAUAACAUAAAAAUUGUGAGACUAGUAGCCCUGCCUAAUUUAGGGAUUAUGUUUACUGUAAUUUACUGUAAUUCAUUUACAGCAACGCAUAGGCUCUUGCCGGGCCAGGUGUUGAAGACAAUAUACAGUUUUCGUGAUGAUAGAUAAUAUGUGAGAAGCGAUUUUCCUUUAUAACCUUCUUCUGGAUGUACGUCCAUUAACUCAAAACAAGUUUGUAUAUGGAGACUUAGAUAAUGAAUUGUGGUAUUGGAAUAUGAAUAUACCUAAUGUAUCAAGAAUGUGAACAAGAUCAUGUGACAAGACUGUAGAUUGUGUACGAACAAAAAUCGAAGAUAAAGCAAAUAAUACCUAUUAGACUCUUUAUUUUAUGUUUUAACCAUGUAUGUUGUUGUUGUUUUCAAUGUGUUGCUGAUAAAACAAAUA